AUGAAAAAGGAUUCAUUGGCUGAUACAUCUUUGACCACAAUGGCAACAGAUGUCGAAUCAUUACCAAGGAUUGUAAUGAAAAUUCGUCGUACAUUAAAAGGUCACUUGGCAAAAAUUUACGCGAUGCAUUGGGCGUCAGAUCAAAGGCAUUUGGUAUCUGCUUCACAAGACGGUAAAUUGAUUGUAUGGGAUGCACCAACAACCAACAAAGUUCAUGCCAUUCCGCUAAAAUCUUCAUGGGUGAUGACAUGUGCAUAUGCACCAACAGGAGAUUUUGUUGCUUGUGGUGGUUUGGAUAAUAUAUGUUCAAUAUAUAAUUUGAAAACAAAAGAAGGUUCGGUCAAAGUUGCUAGAGAAUUGGCGGCUCAUACAGGUUAUCUUUCUUGUUGUCGGUUCCUCAGUGAUAGGCAAAUAUUAACAUCAUCUGGGGAUAUGACUUGUAUUCUUUGGGAUAUUGUUGCUGGUAUGAAAGUACUGGAUUUAUCGCUUUCUCCAAGUCAACAAAUUUUUGUUUCGGGUGCUUGUGAUGCCACAGCAAAAGUCUGGGAUAUUAGAACUGGACAAUGUGUGCAAACAUUUACUGGCCACGAAUCUGAUAUAAAUGCUGUACAAUUAUUUGACUUACGUGCAGAUAGAGAAUUGAACCAAUACACUCAUGAUCACAUCCUUUGUGGGAUCACAUCAGUUGCAUUUUCAAUUUCUGGCAGACUUUUAUUUGCAGGUUAUGAUGAUUACAAUUGUAAUGUAUGGGAUACAUUGAAGGGUGAACGUGUUGGUGUUCUGGCUGGUCAUGAUAAUCGUGUUAGUUGUUUAGGCGUAUCAGAAGAUGGUAUGGCUUUAUCUACGGGUAGUUGGGAUUCAUUAUUAAGGGUUUGGGCCUAA